AUGCAGGUGAUAACAAGUGCGUUGUUUACGCUCCUCACGCUCUCUAUCAGCGCCGUGUCGGAGGCUGACUUCUGCCCUGCAGUCUGCGAGUGCUCUGAGUGGAAGAGUCUUACAAUCUCCUGCAUUGACAUUGAUAUUCUCCCCAGGUUUCCAUCAAGCACGGAGACACUGUAAGUAGGCGUACAAAACGCGUCUGUAAAAGCGAUUCUGCUGGGUGUUUUUCAUGCAUUUUGAAUGUAAAAUGGCUCUUAACCCCGAGGAAAAAUCAUUAUAAUAUCAUGAAUAUUCCUUCAAAGUGCUCCCUAGGGGACAGAGGCUGUCUGUGAUGUUAAGUAGUUAUUCCAUUUCAAGGUAUUCUUUUUCGUCUAUUAUGGUAUUACUAACAAGCCGUGUCCCAGUUGUCAGUGUGACUUGUAUUUCAGAUUAAGUGUGAGGGUGUAGUCUGAAAAUAUAGAAGAGGAAAACUGGUCUUUUAUAAUGAAAAAGGAAAAUAUUCUUACUGAUUUUGGGAACUUAUUUUGCAAAGUUUCCAUCUUUGAUCAAUACAACAUUGUUCCUCAAACUUUAUACACUAAAAACACUUAAAUGUCUUUUAAAUGUCCUUGUUGAUUUUCCGCUUGAGCUGUCAUUGAGUUAAAAAAAUACACAAUAUUGCCUGUGAUUACUCCAAAUUGGUGCUUGUCUUAUAUAUUUCAUUGUACAUCUGUACUGUAUGUAAGUUAAAACUUAAGCGCAGAUUUCUGAUUCAAGGGCUUUUACAAGAAAGCGGUAGAUCUUUUAUUCAUGCAAGUCUGAGGUGAACUGGGAAGAUAAUUUGGAAAACAAACAAUAAAGGCUCCUUAGUGCUCGUGUCAUGUCCCCAGCCAUGAAAGCUUACAUACUUAGAGCUAUCUAAUAAUGGCCUUAACUUAUUUGUCAGCUGAACAUGCACAAUGUCUCCUGACAAGGGCUGCGUCUAAUGAAUAUAAUGUUUUUCCAUAAUCGGUAUAAUGCUGAUUAAUUGCUAAAUAGUUGCUGAACAUUUGCAAGAUAAUUGUGAAGAAUUAACAUAAUUUUUGAGAACAUGAGUCAACAUCUUUAAGUCGUUUUUGUCCGACAAAAACCUCAAAACAUAAAACAGUUUUUUACCCGUGUGCCACAUAAAUGAAGGAUCUAAAAUGAUCAAAUUAAACUGAAGUAGAUGCUGUAUUGUUUCUGACUCUGUUAGCUCCUCAAACUGAAACAAACAGACAUGUAAAAAAAAAAAAAAAAGAAAGUCCUUGCCAACUCCAUGAUCUGUGUGCAGCCUGUCAUCUGAGGCCCCAAAGAAUCUGUGAAGAAUCCUGGGAGCUGACGUGAUGUAAUAUGUCAGGGUCACGUCUGAGAAAUGUAGCGGCGCUUUUUACACAUCCUAAAUUGCUUAAGUACAGUGCGAAAAUUACGCAACAGAGAGCGACCAGUUUUCUGUGGCCUUGAGUGAUGGAAACACAUGCCUUUCAGGGGGACUCUGGCAUGUGAGGAAAUAUACAAGUGAAGGAGUCAGAACGGGUGUUUUCAAUUGUAACUCAGUUCUUGGAUUAAAUAUAAAACAAUGUUGUUACAGAAAUAAUUAAUAAUUAAACUUUAAUGUUGUUGAAGACCAGUUUUCUGUUUAUCACUAUUUUUUAAAGCAUAUAAACUGCUCAUUAAACAACCACUUUAAAAACAAUCAGGGUCAACAACAUCCUGAACAAGUUUAUUUAUCGUAAUUUUACACUGAAGAUAAAAGUCUGCUCAUACAGUAUGUAAGCUGAGCAAAGGGGAAAAACCCUCACACCAGUUUCAGGCAUAAAAAAUGACAAAACCAAGUCAGCGUUGUUGCUGAUUUUCAUGUUUGCUCUCAAACUGGCAACAGUAUAAAUGUCAGUCUAUUUCAUGAAUGUCAAAAAAUACUCAUAUCCGCUUUAAAAUGCCAAAUAAAGGAAAUGUGCAAGGUUUAAUUGUAAAGUAUUGGAUGAAUUAAUAAGAAUAACUGCCUGCUGGGGAAUUGUGAAAAUUGGUAAUCUCACUUCAGAUAACAAAAACAACCAAUUAUUGUUUAGGAUUUUAGACUGACUCCAGGGGUGGCCAAUCAGAUAUCAAGGCCACCCUUGAGGACCUUCCUGGACACGUCCCUGACAAGUAUCUGUGCGAAGUUAUGAUCAUUUUUAUUCCAUUCUUGCACAUUACUGCAACAUUUACCCCCAUCUCUUUGCAUUGCCUUUACCAGCACCCUUCACAUACAAUUAUCUCCCAGUCACCACCCCAAUUCACAUACCCGCUUGCCCCUCUGCCCCCUACUAUUUCCCCACAUUCCUGCCCAGACAUCACCCACAGCCCUGCAGGAGGACAGACACAUAAAAGCUUUGGAUUGUCAUCCCUCUCAAUAAAUACCUGCCAAAUAAGCCUGAAAUAGACUUUGUAUUGACUGGGUUGUUAGGGCAGAUGAGUCAUAAAGAUGUUGGCUUUCACUGAAGGAUAAAUGACCCUGAUGCCCCAGUCAGGCCGCUGAGGUCCAGUCUGAUUCCAGGCAGGUUCUACUAUUGGCUUAUUUAAAAGACUCCCUCUGUAAGCAGUAGAGAUCUCUGUGGACUUCUACAGGGAAAAAAAUGAUUACUAAUCAUACAAAGAGAAAUAGAUACUUGCUGUAGGGUCAUAAUGAACUCCAAAUCCACCUGAUUGGAAGUUUGUGUUUCGGUCAAGUAGCGUGAGAAAAGUUUGGAAAAUAUAAUCUAUCUCAGUCCUACGAAAAGAUCAAUACCACUCUCUCAAUAUAAGUGGUUUCAAUCUUGCCAUCGAACUCUGCCAGAAAAUAAAUAAAAGUAUUUCUUCAAAAAUGUUCCUUGUAAGGCUUAUUCCAACAUCAGCGGAGGUUUGAGCGCUUGAUUUCCAGUAAUUUUGAAGAGUUCCAACUACCGGCAACGACUUUUUACCCUGCAUGCUCGAGCUGUUAUUAAAACAAGAGUAAUGUGUGCAAAGUUUCCCCUUAUGGAAUCAAACUAAAGCAAGUGCAGAGAAGACAUCUGUGCAUGUCUGUGUGUAAGUGUGCAUAUGUAAACACUUAGCAUUUGGAGUCCUUCGUGUGUGUGUGUCUGUGUAUGUGUGUGUGUGUACUUGUGGAGGUUACUCCAUGUGUCACUGGGAGUCAGAGAUGUGGAAAGGAAAGCACAGGCGCACUCAAAAAGCCUGCGUAGCGUGACUCGUGACUGCGUCUGGACGCUGCAUUCAAAUACAAUAUUUACCUUUUACGGCACAUUUCUCAAACAGCCGGUGAGUUCCAUUUGAGAAUAAUUAAGAGGGGGAGAAAAAAAAAGACUUCAAGGGGAAGGGGGGAAAAUACACAGCAGUUCCAGUCUUUCGAAAACCACAAAAACGUGAUAACUCAUGAUAUUCGUUGACCCCUGACCUUUUGUCUAUUAAUACUCGCUGCUGAGUGAAGCUUUUAAUGCAGUUUGUGAGUGGUAACAGAUGAGUUCUGCGAUUGAUUUUAAAAUAAGAAUAGAGACUUUGGACAUCAUGAGUUGAUAUUAGUGGAAAUACUGACAGUUGCUCAGCUAUUAAUUCGUCAGAGGGCUCAUUGCAAUGGAAAUUAUUACUGUUAUUUGACAUCCUGGAUAAGUGCUUCUCAUAUUUAUGGGAAAAUAAUUGUGAAUAUAAUCUCAAAUAAAAGCUGGAGUCAAAAAUAAUUUAUACACUGCUCUCACUACUGUUUUUACGUUUAAUUUUCCCGUGUGAUAAGAGUUAAAGACAGAGAAAUAAAUAUGAGAGUUACAGAUUCAAGACGUGAUUUCUAAGUGCCACACUGAAUCACAUCAGAGACAGAUGAAACAUGCAGCAGAAUACUCAACCGACUCUCUCUCCUCGUCACCACAGACCAUUACAAAUCAAAAUGCAGCCCAGCCUGUCGUAAACACACGUUAUGUUGCGCUGACAAUGAAUAUUAUGAAUUAUGUGGUUUCUCCCCACUUCAAACUCAAUUCGCCACCUGUUUGUUUUCACGGGUUUGUGUUUCGAAAUGACAAAUCGGAGGAGCACUUUUCGAAUCAAACCUCCGAGAUGGGCUCAUUGGUCUUCUCCACACGCUCCUGAGGGAAAAUUUAUGCUGGUUGUUUGGGUUCGAGCGUGGCGGUGAAACUGGUGGUUCUUACAGAGGGGUGUUGGGUGUCAGGGUCUGCUCUGUCUCCUCAUGUUUGUUUGAGUUUGUCAAAACGUGUGCGGGGUGCCAUGCUCCAGUGACUACUGACUGACUGACUGACUGACUCCCUUCAAUAUACCGUAUAUGUGAUGCAGACCUACAGGCCAGAUCUCAGACUCUGAGUUAGUCUUUUGUUCCCCUGAGGGAUCAAAGGUGUGUGAAGAUGGUAGCUUUUGCUGAGUCUCUUUUCAUGACUGUUUGAAAAUUGAUCUAAAACUACCACCUACUCCACUUUGAUUACUUUUUCAGUCUCUUCACUUGGAUUAAAACAAUCCUGUAAACAUCUUUGAUUUUGUCUGGUCAAGUAGAGGUAAUAAAUUGGCAGAGUUAAGUUAAGAAAUUUGCUGUUGCGACAAAGAAAACAGUGUUGUACAUUAACCCUCAUAUAACUAUGACAUGUUGUAUUUGGUACAGAACCAACAGAUGAGGUAAGUGUUCAUGAGUGGGUGUUAGAAGUGCUGGCAGGUCUAAUGUUUGUGCCAAUUUGGCCUUUUUUAAUACUUUUACAUUGAGCCAAGCUAAGCUACCCAUCUCCUCGCUGUUGCUUGGUACAAUAUUAAAUACAGUAGGUAUUAAUUUUGUGUUUUUACCCCAGAAAUAUGCAGAAUUUUAUAUGCAGUUUUAGUAAAGUUUUGAUAUUAGAAAAAGUUAGCUUUGGGGUUUAAGGCAGGCAGAGUUUUUUUAAGCCUUAAUGUUCAGCUUUGUAUUUACUGUCCAAAUAAGAUUAGUCCUGAUCUAACCAUUAAACUUGAUGAAUAUAAGCCAAAAGGCAUAUUCCCUAAAUGACAACUUAGAUAAGAUGUUGGUUCUGCAAUAAUAAAGAAAACCUCUAAUAAAAUAUUGUCAAUGUUAUCCUCCGUAUUUCACAGUGUGUCUACAACAGCAGGCUCUGUUUAAGCUUGUGUAUGCAUCUCUUGCUCAGGUCUGUCCUAACCUUACUCACAGGAACAUUGCCCUAAACAGACGCAGACAUUGUUGAACUUGGCUGCCUGCUCAGGUCCAGUCCAGAUCCAAGUCUUUGUUCCCCCCUAGGGGUUCUGUUUUACCGAAAGUAUUGGGAAAACCUUUCAUCUGUAGCUGCGGUUUAACAGUGUUGAGCUUUUAUCUGUACCUCUGUUUUUGACCUGGACAUUGUCUCCGUGUUCCUGCAGUUCUCUGUUGAAUUACUGGACAAUUUCAAGGACAAUGCGCUGUUUGUGGCAUGUGAUAACUUCAAAUACCAGGACAUUUAUAGGGCUCACCCUGUAUGUACUGUUGAUGAAGUUUAGAUGCUGUUCUGAGAAUUAUUUGUGGCUAUAGAGUGGCGUUUGGGUUGAGGUUUGUUUAUGGCUCCUCAGACCGCUGUGUAUUGCUAACCUGUGGUCAUUACUAAAGUUGGUAUAACUAGAGAAGCAAGCAGACGGCAACAUUCAUCUCUCGAGGGGGUGUCUAACUCGGUGUUACAGUGUGUUUGACCCUAAAUUAAUUUCACACCGGAAUGUCCCUUCAAAUGCAUAUACCGUGUCUUAGCCACAGCGGACUACCAGAAGCAACUCCAGUCCAAAAAUCAUCCUGGAGCAUCGGUCCAAUUCAAAUCACUCUCCUCAAAACCCUCCUUGGAAAUACAAAAACCCCACUAAGAAACGCUCCAUCUUUGUCUGAUAAAGCCCCACUGAGUCCCUCAACCCCAACCCGACAACCAACCUGAGGCAGACUUGUAAGCAGGAAAUUAGCGUGCUCAAAUCUGACAACCAGCAGGACCAGGGCCUCACCUCGCCCACACAACAAGUAACAGAUGCAAGAAAUCACCUGCUGAUUUGGGGACAAAUCUGGGAACAGUAUUUGACACAGUUUUUAACCCUGAUCCACUCACAGCUCUAUCUGUCCCCAAAUAUCUUCAAAGUUGUCAGAUGUUGAAUAAAAAGUGCAUUUGUGUCAGCUAACAGACUUGUUUUUACUCUCUAACCAGGUGGCUCUUCGAGACCCGUCUCUCAUCCAUACCCGCAGAUGCCUUUGCAAACAUGGUCAACAUAUCAAGAAUGUGAGUUUCGGUGUAUUCGCUGCUGUACUUCCAUUCAAGCCUGGAACAUAUACUGAUUUUACACACACUUGCUCAAAUCCACCUGCUUUCUUUCAACUGCUCUGCUCCAAAACAGAGAGAAGCUAUCAAAGUUCCAAACUGCCCACCCUUUCCUUUCUGUCUCCCACCCAAGCAGAUGAUUUACUCUCUGUUUAGUAUCACCGCCGGCUCCUAAUCACAGCUGGAAGCACUAAAUACGUUCCUUCAAUAGGAAUGUGGGUCCUUUAACCGCAGCAGGGUUUGGACAUCAGCUCAGAGGUUUUUUGGGUGUGUGCUGAUUUUAGACUCUAUGUAGAGGUGAAGUCUCCAUGUAGAGGUAAAAUAUACACUGGAUCCUGAGCCGCUGAGUCUGAAGUCUGCAUCCAAGUCAUGCAUAAAGGGAGACGGAGGUGGAUUAGACGUUUUCUGUAAGCCUCAGACAGCUCGAGUGCACGCAGACAGUGUUUCCACUGACUCACUGUUUGUUUUGCAUUUGAAAUAAUAGACCGAAUUAUUGAAAACUUACAUCUUCUGAUUCUACAACACCAGCGAAUGUUAACAUUUAAUUUUGCAUAUUAAGUGCCUAUAAACGGCUGUAUGAAAACAGAAUACUCAUUUUUAAGGUUGUUCGGGAGUGAAGGUUUUGGUUUAUUUGAAGAGCUCAAGUCAAAAUAAAUGGGAGUAGAGUGACUGAUGACUGUGUAAUGUAUACGUGGGGUGCAUACCUGUAAAAUAACCCGUGUCUUUAGAGGCUUAAGACGAGGUGGGAUGAUAAAUUCAGGAAGGAGUUGCAGGCUUUAGGAUAAUUUCCACAGCCACACACAGAGACUCUUUGAUGAAACGCGUCUGAUGUUACAUUUGCACACAAGUAAGACAGAUGCUAAAAAAAAAACACCAUUACAUUGAUGCCACAAAAGAAAAUUUGUCCUUUCCAUAAGCUGUAUGUGUUUCUUUUAGAUACAUAUCAGUGGAUGUGAUGCUGCAGAGGCUGGAGAGACACUCGUUUUACAACCUGAAGAAAAUCACCCACAUGUAAGUAACUAAAAGAAAAGGGCACACUCUUUUAUCGAUCUUUAUCGAUCAAGCUGUUCCAUUUGCUCUCUGGAGAGGAAAAAAGCUUAGUUUUAAACCUUGCCGGCAGCAAAUGAAAGCGGGGAAGAAACACAUUAGUUGCUAAUUUCUCUUCUACGCUCCCGUGCCUCUGAUCACGGCUCCUGAUCAGGGGGGUACAGAGCAGUUAGGAAAAACACACUGAUGUGAAAUUAUAACAUGCAAUUAGAUGUAAAAGACUCCAUUUCAAUAACAUAACUUGUUAUCUUGCUUAUUAUCACCGUGCCAAGGUAAAUCAAAAAGUUAAAAUGACCAUGUUCGAGUCAGUAUUUGGUUUUUCUUCUUUUUUUUGCUCCCGCUCAUGUUGAAGCAGCUCAGGGGGGAAAAAGUCUUGCAAGGUGCACUCUAUUCUCAAUUAUGGGAUCGAGAUUUAUGGCCGAGGCUUCGGGUGGACCACACACUUUUCCAGCAGAACACCUCCUAGCACUUCAUAUAUUACUGUGAGACUUCCCUGCCUCUGUGAAUGAUUUGUUCCUGCGUCUCGUAACACAGCAGUUUUGUGUGUACGCAAUUUGUUUCCACUCUUCAUUAACAGCGUGAAAAUGUGAGAGUGGGUUUCGGUACGACACAGCGACUAUAAUAUAUGUCUACAGGAAUUAAUUUGACGGGGUAAAUGAAUGUGUUCACAUCAUUCGGCUGUCAUUUUUAUCUAAAUCACGCUUCCUGUACGUCUUUUCUAAUUAGCUGCUGAAUUCCAGACAUCCAAAUACAGACAGAAACGAUCCUUCAGACCGCUCGCCGAGGGUUAUAUCUUUGUUCUGGUGGUGUAUUUUGGAUCUCCGGGGCCUAUUUGCCUCUGAUUGGUGUGGUGCAAUGCCAUACAUCAGAUAAUGGCAUCUCUCUCAGGUUUCCUUCAGGGUCAGACGCAAAUUAAUGCUCGGCUUCCUGUUGGCUGCUUGAGGCCGACAGCAGCUGUGGUUCAGGGACUGCAGUUGAAGACGAGAAUUCAGAGGGGGGGACUGGGUGAAGGUUGUAUCGUGCCAGCAUCAAGUGAAACCGCCACUGUCAGGAAUUCUGGUCGGGCUCUCUGCUGCGAAGCGAAAGCUGACGGUUGGGCUGGCGUAGGGAUGUAUCAAGUGCAGAAAUUAUCGACCUAUAAAUGGACGUUCAUGUUUUUAUCAUUUAAGUUGUCUGUUCGGGGAGAAAAAUGAUGAGAAAUCAAAUGUGUUUUGUCUUUUGGAUCAAACACAUUUGGUUUGGAUCAAGUCUGAGACAUAGAUGGCAUGAUGGAGACUUUAUUUGACUAGAGGUGGCCCAGCUGGGGUUCUUACUUCUUACAGAAAUAAAAAGCACUGAUUUAUCCUUUUUUCUCCUCUGACAAUAUCAACUCCACGAUGACUAGUUUAGCUCAAUGGUCAAAUUGCAUGCCUUAGGUGCAGGGGUGAUGGUGCUGGAUGCGAGUUCAAGGUCAAUUUUGACCCACGGUCCUAUGUUGCAUGGGUGUGUUACCACCUGUGACCCCCAAUUUUCACCGCAUCCGGAACGGCUCAGAUCCGGAAUAGCAGGGAUUGCAAUCGCGCGAUACCACAAAACCAUAAAAGCAGUAGAUUGUGUCCUUCCAGAGGAGGAAAUCCACUUCUAGACUUGUAAAAUCAGCGUCUCCUCAUCCAUCGUGUCAUCAGGAUAAAAUGCUCUCUAUAAACCUUUCACUUGUUCAUCCCCGCCCUUAUGCAUGGUGUGAAAUACGAUCCACCUGAAACACGGACUAUUUUAUUUUGAAAAGAAGCCAGAUGUUUUAUUUUGUGUCUGUGCCUGACUUCCUUUCCAGCACGGGUUAAUCUGUGCUGAAUUUAUCCGGCAUGCUCCGGUGUCCAGGAAUAAUAGAACUCUUGCGAUCAGCUGCAAAGUCCAGCGAGCCGCUGCAGAAUGGAAAGAAGACAGUGGAAAUUGACACAUUAACUUGAAUGGUUACGAUCAGCUACGAUCGGCGGAUACGGCCUUUCCGUACCUGUUCUGGAUGCGGUGGAAAUUGGGGGUUACGCUCACAGGAGGUGUAAAGGCCAGACUUUCAAAACCAUUAACCAUCAUGUGUCCCAUCAUGAAGCAGACAAACUGUGUGGCGAUGCAUUAGUUAGUGCCGCUACAGCACUUGCACCAAUCUAGAUAAGGCUGGACCGGUCGCCUCUGGACCACCACAGAGACAGAGAAGUCCAUUUUCGGGGCAGUUGUUUGCACUUCAACAUUGAAAUAACAGAAUCAAUACAGACUUCUCUUAAUGGUAGUAGCCUAGUGUAUGAGUUUCUGAAUAAAAUCUGUUAAUCAAAUAUUCAUUUUAUCAUAACAUGCAUGUUUACCAAUGCUGUAAAUAUUCUAUAUGUUGUUGUCAAUAAUUACAGUGCAGUUGUAUGAGGUACUCGUUAGUAACUUGCCCAUAGUAAGUGUAUUAACCACAGAUCCAGAUCCACUGAAUGGCAGUGUGUCUUCAGACUGGGGGCUCUAUUUUCGUGCGCGCCGGUGAGGCGGCGGAGGGCGGCGAGCCCCGCGCAGUUGUAUUUUCGUCUGGCGGAGCCCAGCGUAAGGCCAGUUUGGUAUUUUCGUGGCAUGAGCCGCACGGAGGCGAGCCGAGAUCCGCCAAGCUGGGCGUGGUGGCGUGGCAGGGGGAGGUUUCGACCGAAUCAGCUGGCGCAGUGACAUUUUCGUGCUCGCCAACGGCGUGUAAAGUGCGCUGAAAGCUCGCCGAUUCAAACCUGGUCAGCUUUCAGCGCAAGGCGGAACGCAGCUGGUCUUGUAGUAUUUUGGUAGACCGGCGGCGUAUCGACAUACGUCACUGAUGCCUCACCGGCAGGUUUCCACAGUGUCAGGCAGAUUUCAGUGCAAUAAAUAAUCAUCAUCAACUAUUAAUCAGAGUCAGCACAUACAUUUAGAUCUAUAUAGAUAUAUUCUGAUCUAUAUCUGAUCUGAUGAGUGCGUUUGGCACGCGUUUGGACACACAACCUGACCGAAUCAACACAGCUGAAACCGCAUCAAAUUAAAUUAAAUAUCUAGUAAAUAUACACACAUGAUGAAGUUAACAAGAUAUGUAAUGUGUCUCCCUCCUUUUCUUUCUUCCUCUUCCUCUUAUUUCUCGCACAGCUCGACCUGGACACGUCUCCGUGUCCUCUGUCCGUCUUGCUGCUGCUGCAGCUGAACAGAUGAUUUGUUUCAGUGCUCAGAUGCGUUAUCUACUUUAAGCCGACAUACGGAUAUUAUAAUAUUCAGUUUUGUGAGCCAAAUUUAUUUAUAUGCCAACAUCUAUGAAAGAAAGAGCCAGGCCACGGAGCGCGAUGGGUCAUUUACGCACAGAUGGUUCCGAUUUUAAUGCCAUUUUUGGAGUUUAUGUUGUGAUCUGUGCGCUCAACCCACCUUUGUCACGUGAGGUUUGAAUAUGAGCAACUUUAUGUGAGUGUCUUUAUUUGUGGAAACGGGUGUUUGUCUUACCAGUGGGUCCAACAUUACGCGCACUAAAUCCAUCUGUGCUCAUAUGAGAGAGUGUGGAGGACACUUGUUGAGGAGCUGCCCUCUGUCGCCAUCUUGUGGCAUUACUGUCUUAAGACAUCUCUUGAUCUCUUUGACUACUCCAUGAAAAUAGUAAUACGCAUCGCCUGUGGCGGAUUUAAAGGCAAGGAGAGGAGCCUAUGUGAUUGGUGAAAACAGGUCUCGGCUGUGUUAAACCAACUACACGCCCCGUCUACGACUUAUGGUGCUGGGAGGAGCUGAGUUAGGGAGGGGGAUACUUACGCUGGGCUGCGCGGCUCACCAAAAUACCAAAAUGUGCUUGGGAACGCCUUGUCAGCGCGGCGGAUCUGACUGACGCUGCGCUUGCGGCACGUCUCCGGCGAGGCACCAAAAUAGAGCCCUAAGUGUUCACACACAAGUCUACAUGAUACGUUUACCUUAUCAAAAUAUGCCGUGUUUGCUGUCGAAGCUGAAAACUGAGCCGAAAUAACAAACUCUCAAGCACUUGCUGUGAUUGCCAAAUAGUCCAAGGCAUUUGGGGAUAGAAUUAAGUCAAACCUGAUGCAAAAAUAUCAAUGCUGGCGUAAACAGUGAUUGGACUGUACUUAAACUGUGCUUUUCCAGUCUUGGGACCACUCAAAGCACUUUAUCUCUGUAUGCCUCUUUUAUACACAAAUUCACACUCUGAUGGAUGUGGUCACAAUACAAAACUUGCCAAUUUUUACAAAAUUAUCCAUGUAUGCACUUUUACUUUUUGGACGACCUGCCAGCAAGAGCGACUGUCUUGUGGAGCUGGGGAUCAAAACUUAAACCUUCCCAUCAAAAGAUGACAGACUCUACCACUGAGCCACAGCCGCCGCUGGAUGGAUAACAAAGACAGGACACAAUCACUGUGAACUCAGUCAUUGGUUUGUGGGCUGUAUGGAAGCAGAGGUUACCAUACUUAGACACGAGAGCGGAGCUAAGGAGUAACAAGGAGCUGCUCAGUUUUCAAAGCCAAACAGACCUUACCUGUAAACUACUUAGCUGGCUAAUAAUAGCAACAGUGUUUAUGAACCACUAAGAUUUUAUUUGUGACAGUAGUUAAACUAAAAGGACCAGAAAACAAUCAUGGGACCUUGUAAAAUAUAACAAAUUUGCCAUUUGCUCCCUAACUAUGAGCAGCUGGUGGAAAAGUAAAACAAAUAAUGUUGUGUAUUUCUUCUAGAGACCAAAACUGUUUCAUGUAGCGGCUGAAAAAGCUAACUGAUUCAGAAAGAUCUUCAAUAAGCUCAACAAAUUCAGAAACAAUGGAAAAUACAGACAUAAAAAAGCAGUGUAACCUAUUUAGUUAUAGCAGUGGAGCUUAGGUAGGCAGGGUUCAUUACACAGGAUGAGCUGAGGUUUACUGUGAAGGAAUACCGGAAGUAGUGUUGUUGUUACCCGGUCUGAGUUCACAUGUGAAAAGAAAAAAGAAUUAAAAAAAGAGUGGACCCUGCUGUCAACAAUGAAGACAGUGCAACCUAUUUAGUUAUAGCUGAGCUAAGUAGCUAGCUACUGCUAGCAUGUUUAGCUUAGCUGCUCAAGUGUAAUUAGUACAACAUGUAUGCCGUGUGUGAUAGGAUGGUAGGGAAAAGUCCUGCCUCCUUGCCUCUGAUUGGCUAGAAAAGCUGCAAACGUCAUCACACGCUCAAGCCAAACACAGGCUGUCGGCUCUGUACAUCAAACAGAACAUUACAGAACAUUAUCGCACUUCUGAAUCUCCUAACCCUAACCCUCAUCCUAAUCCUUACCCUGACCCGACGAUGACGUUUCACAGCCAUUAGGAAUAACCAAUCCGAACCCAAUCGGAACCCCUGCACUUUGCAGUAGGAAGCUCGGUUCAAAGAAAAGAAAAACAAAAGCUGCUAUAACAAAAAUAGGUUACAGCAGCAAAUGAAACGAGCUGCAACAACGAGAAAAAAUUUGCCAAAAAACUGAAAAAACAUAUUUUUUUCUAUCAAAGCAGUCAGUCCCUCUCUAUUGUUUCAGAAAGAGUAUCAUCAAGAAUGCAAACUUCCUCUGACGGUUUAGUCAAAGUGGUCAGCCAAGGAUACUUGAAGAAAAAUCACCCGUCAACCAUAAAAACAAACUUUAUCAAUGGUAUAUCCAAGUAAAGGCUUAUUAAAUUCCAGACAGCACUCUUAUAUUAUCCUCAAGUUUGGAGGUUGAAGAGUUGUUACAAAGAUUCAAACUCUUAGAGUCAAUUUAGGUGCUGCCACUCACAAGUUUUGUAGUCCGCUUGACAGACUGUUUAAUAGUUUUAUUAGCCAAUAUAAAAUUAGCCUCCUGACAUUUCAGUGCAGCUCCGGUCUUCUCGCUGCCGCUCAAGGAUGAUGAACUUCUCCCACUCAGAGACUCAUAUUGACGUCUGUCUGCUGGACUCGCUGUAGUUUGCCAGGUGUGUGAAGAAGGGCCAGCACACACGUUCCAGAGAACCACAUGUCUUCAGACAGCAGAGAGAGGUGUUCAGCUCAGGGCGGACCAGAGUAAACACACUAAUGAAACACUAAUUGGACUGUACUUCCGGCCCUGGCUGUCUGCACCGACUUUCCCUCCUCUCUCCCUGGCAUGCACUUUGUCCUGUGCUGUCAGCAACUUUGAAGACACGCUGUGCUCCUAAAUGUGUCUUUAACUGUGCUCCAAAUUAGUUUGUGUUUGCGUGGAGGUGCACUCACAGCCAAUCUUUUCCCUGUCUGUUCUUUCAGAGAGCUACGUAAUGCAAAAAGUCUGACCUACGUUGACCCAGAAGCCUUUAAAAACCUCCCAAACCUCAAAUACCUGUGAGUAUUUUUCCUUUUUUUUCCCCUCAUUGAAUUCCACAUACUGACACCAUUAUGGUAAUCCAGAAAGAUGAGUGGUUUAUAUUUAAAAUGCGUCAGUCUGGCAGUGAUUUGGACUUUGUGAUAUUCUCAUAGCUUCGGUGGGCAAGGGUUGAACUGUGCUUCAUUUGAGUUUAAUGCAGUGGUACAGGUCAACUCCAGAAAAGUGAACGCACGCUCUAAAUAACUAAAAAGAAACCUGACGUAUUUGGCCGGAGAAGGGAAGAUGUCAAUCUUGAGUAAACUUUUGACUCGUGAGAAAAUUAUAGGUUGUUGUUUCCUCGACGCAGGCCACAGCUGUGUACUUUCGCCUGAUCUCACGGUUACUUAGAAGUACUUAAAGAAUCUGCGGCUUGGCACAAAACGAGACUAUUUGGUGUCGAAAACAAAUGCGCCAAAAAUGAAUUGGGUUAGCUAUUAUUAAAUGAAGUCAUCUGCCCGAAUUUAGAGGUUUUUGUUAAACCCGCAAAGCCACAACAACAUAAGACAGCUAUCAUUUUUCAUAACAAGCUAAAGAGAGUUUGUGUGGCCUUUACUGCGCUCUUGAACGUGCUAACUCUCUGCACCUUUUCUCUUCAGGGGGAUUUUUAAUACAGGCCUCACUUUCUUCCCUGACUUGAGCAACAUCCGCUCCAACGACAUGAACUUCAUCCUGUAAGUUGCUGUAUCUUUACAACUUCUAAACCGAGCUCAUGAAUCAGUUUUCAUGCUUGCUAAGACUACAACUUGUAGCACUUUAAAGUCUGCAAUUAAUAGUCGCAUCAAUCUAGAGCCAUUACUCUGACGAUCAUAAACCAACGACGCUGUCGGCGAGAUGAUUGGCUUUUUUUCGCUUGUCCAUGCUAUACAUUAUGUACUGUUUAAGAAGCAGAAAGAUGGAUGUGUUUCCAUUACAAAGAUUUUUUUUUUAGUUUUUCAUCACUUCUGCAAUGUCACUAGGUGUAAAAAUGAUGAAUAAAUGAGAGGUAUAGCUUGGAGAUUAAGGGAAAAGGUGUUGAUACUGCAAGAUUGUGUUGAGUCAUUACUUAUUUGCCUUUACUUGUGCAACAUCUUUUUAAAGUUUUAAAAGUUUCUAAUCUAGAAAACAUCAUAUUUGCAACCUCGUUCUUCUCUGUGUUGUUUUCCUCUGCAGAGAAGUUGUUGAUCAUCCAUAUAUCACUGAGAUCCCAGCCAACUCCUUCAAAGGCAUCACAAAUGACGUGCUGACAGUGUAAGACAUCUGCAGACAAACUUUACUUCUAUGCUACAUUUUUAUACAACAAGUCAAAGACUGAAUCACUACAUCUAAGUUGUAGAGUGCACAGUGGGUGCUCUUGCAUCAGUUUGUCCUUUAUCCCUAAAUCCAACCAAAACCUCUUAAAUAGCCACUGGAAGCAGUGGGUGCUCUUGCAUCAGUUUGUCCUUUAUCCCUAAAUCCAACCAAAACCUCUUUAAAUAGCCACUGGAAGCAAUCGUGUUGCAUUUAGGUUUGGGUUCGAGGGUAGAGGGAUUGCAGUUUUUAUCCCCAAAACAGCAUGUUACAAAGCACGUCCUUUCUCUGAACUCAUGUGAAUCUGCACAGACAGAUAAAACCUCACCAUAGAAUUUGAAAGAAGUAGGUCUUAUUUAUCUCCGCCACUCAUCGGCAUCAAGCAAUCGUGUUGCAUUUUAGUAGAUUUGUAAGUGAACUUCAAGAGACCCUCAUGGACUAAUUCUUAUCAGUACUUGGAGUCAAUACAGUAAAAACGUCUUUAUUCCCUCCAGGAUGCUCUAUGGGAAUGGCUUCAGAGAAAUCCAUCAUCAUGCAUUUAAUGGCACCAAGCUAGAUCAAGUGUAAGUAUUUUAUAUUAUGUACUUUAUAUUAUGUGACCUUCAUAAACUCUUGUUUAAAGGUCAGAUACAGUGGGUUUUUUAGCGGUUCACCAUCCUAGUUUUCUGAGCAAGGUCUUGAAAAACAUCAAAAAUUCAGCCUAUGUGGAUGAUCUUAAAGGGAUAUUCCGGCAUAAAAUUAAUUUAGAGUCCCUAACUUAAUCUUACACCGUAAUAUCCCUUUAAACCUCUGCGUUUUUAGCCUCAUUAUCCAUGCAGGGAUCUGAGUAGGAAGGGCUAUGAUAAUGCGGCACUGAUUCGCUGCUCAGUACAAGUGGAUGCAGAAGAGGAAAAACACCAAAACAAACAUGGCGAGUGCGCCAGAAGAACUCAAGCUAGUAGUUGGCUAAAUAUUUCUUGCUAUAAACUGUGAAUACUAUAAUGCAGUAUGUCUGCUGUUGUUAGCUGCCAGGGUGUUAAUGUUUAAUCUAAAAAGCGGCCACCAUUUUUUUUGGCCCUGCAGAGGUGGGACGGAGGUAUAUGUUGGUUGGCAAACAACAACAGAGCAGCUGAUGUGAAGCACUAACAUUUGACCUCAGUAGCAAAGGAGGACAUGGAAUCACUCAAAAAAUGGGAGUGGCUUCUGUUACAUGUAUAAUCUAAUCACUCCUGUCGUGACAUCACCACAGGAGCUAAUUCAAAUUAACUAGUAUAAGCCUUUUUUUCCAUUAAGUGGACUAAACAAUGCAGAGGCUUUACUGCUAUCACAUACUAAGGACUGUAGAAUUACUUUAGCAUUAGCUUAUAUAAAUAUAUCGGCAAGGAAAUACUUUUUUUUUCAUUAGAUGGGACCUUUCAGCAGAUGGAAAAUAUGUGCCAAAAGCAUUUUUUUUUCUUUUUACCUAGAAUUUAUUUGCAGUUUCAAACACUUUUAUAAACACUGUCAAACUGAAUUAUCAAAAGUGCUUUUAAGCAGUUACACAACUUAUUAAAUUAAUUAUCUUUCACUUUUUUUCUUGGGUAAUAAAACUCUUUUUAUCAGGGCCAGUAUCUUUCACUUGAUCACCAAAUUACUUGAUUUCGAAGUCUUGUAUUACUCAAAAAACAAGGCUCCUUGGUGUGUUGCCUGGAUUAAAUAGUUUCUGACAUCUGGCAUGUGUAUUUCUUUGCCCAACGUUGUACUUCAAAAGCAGCAGGAUCACAGUUCGCUCUCUCUUCUACAAGCCUUCUCAUAUGUACUCUGAAAGGGCCUAAGCCCAGCUCUUGAUUAGCGAGCUGGACUUCUCAUGGGAAAAAUGUUUCCGAGAGUGGGUAUCAGGAAGUCUGCGUUAUGAGUUUGACUCUCCCAAACACUCAGUGACACUGGACCCUGAAUCUGUGUCAGACUUGAAGAAAUCAAUUUCACACUCACAUUCAAUUACCUCAUCUGGAUAAAAUACAGGAGAGCGAGUACGCAUCGCUUCCCGUACUUCUUCUUUUGUCACAACAUAUUUUUCUUUUUUCCUGUCACCCCCUGGUCCAGAAUCCUACUUAUUCAGGAUAUGAGAUAUUAAUGAUAUUACUUCUAUUCUUUUACAACACCUACACACAUCCUUAUAAGAGGCUAAUUAAGCCAUCGGUUUGACUAGUGAGAUUUUGCAGAUUGGUGUUUAUGCUGGCGCCUGAUCUGCUCUGAGGAGAGAUCUGAUCCCAGCACAGCCUGACCAAGAAAAACACACCCCUUACAGGUCUAUUAUCCUUAUUAGAUUUAAGGGAUUCAGGGGAGAGGUGUAGUGAGGGUGCAGUGUGUUAAAGGAGUAGGCCACCAGGUCUUACACUGUCUAAUUUAAAUCAACAAGGUGAGUGAGUCUUUUCUGUCAUGUUUCACCCAUGAAAUGAGAGAAAAUAAACAGAAGAGUGUGCAGCAAUGAGGGCUGGAAAAACACCACGCCAUGCCUCGCCUCUGUCAGUCAAACUGAAAUGUGAAGGAUUGAUUUCCUCUCCAUAAACUCUACUCUGUGCUCUCUUCUCCAGUGACCUGCACAGGAAUAAAUACCUUACUAAGAUGGAUGACAGGGCUUUUGCAGGCACCGUCAGCGGCCCCAUGCUUCUGUAAGUACCUGAAGGGAUAAAAAGUUUGAGCCCUCUCUUCUCAACUCUCCUCUUUAUUGGAAUCAUUUAUUACUUCACACAAACUGCCUCCAAUAUGAUGAUAUUCCUCUCCAAGACACACGCCGCAAGGUUUUAACUCAGCCGUGUGACGCUUUGUGAUGGAUUCUUGCAGAGUUAGUAUUUCUGUUCCUUCUGAAAUGUUAAAAAUCUACAAACUGGUACCUGGUGCGCUUAUUUAUUUGCAAGAUAGGUUAACUGUAUUAAAAAAUUGAUAGAUAAUAGGCAUAGCGUGGUGAUUUUAUUCCUCACACAUUGUUAGGUUUCAGAGGUUUCGUCAUCACAAAUGUGCAGACUGCAUUAGACAUGUCUGUGCAGGUGGAGAGCAUAUCAUGAAGGGUUCAGAUCUUUCCUCCACAGCUGCGUCUUUGACCAAGAAACCUGAAACUCAUUGUGUGCAAAUGUGUGAAGGAAAGAAACCUCCACACUUCUUUGAUACUGUUGUUUUUUUGUUAUAGUCGUAAGUUUUUAAAGCUGACUUCCCGUUUUUACAGGUGUUUGAUGGUAAAACCCUCCAUCACGGCUCUCCUGUUGCUGCGGAGGCUCUGAUGUAGCCGUUAAGUUUGGGGUUAGGUAAAUGAAGUCCGUGUGUGGGUCUUCUUCCUGUGCUCCGCUGAGGAACAUGUCCUGAAUGAGGUUACCUCCAUGAGGUCAUGGGCCAAACAUCUGCGAGUGACAGAAUCAGUCUGAUACUCAUAGACUUUAAGCUGCUUUUUUUUUCACGGCCUUUCACAAUGUGUCUCAUGAGAGGGAAAAAUAGCAGAGGACAGAGAGGUGAGGAGGGCAAAUGGGACAAAAAAAGAAUAAUUUGAGCUCUUGGCUGAUAAAGAGAUGUUUGGCGUGUGUUGCUUUUAUUUAAUCAGAUUAAUCUGCAGAUGCUGUGACUAAGAGCUGUAAUGGGUUAGGAAACUAAAGAAAGCAAAAGACAACUCAAACCCCGCUCGGCCCCUUGGAAGAAGGGGAUCAACAGAAUGUCCUGAUAACAGGAUCACACAGGAUGUCGGUGAGAUAGUCAAUCCCCUGCAUAUCGCUGUCCCGGAGAGAUGACCUGGCUUUUGCAUGACAGCCUAACACAAGAAAUACCAGAUGUAAUUACUUAAAGAUGACAAAAGAGCGAGGAGCUCACCGUAGGAAACAGAUGGUGGCUGUUAGUUAAUCCAUCUCUGAACUGACCUCUCUGUUUUCAUCACAUCAAGCUCCAUAUAUAGAUUUACUGACAGUGUAUUUGUUUGUGUUGGCUGGUUCCUUCUGGUAGUCGAAUAAAAGUAUAUUGAUUAGUCUGAUUUAUAGGUAGGCCUUAGCACUCAAACACAUAACAAUACGACAGGCAAUAUAAGGAUCACACCAACGUCAUCUGUCUGCUAUGACAGACAAAAUGUUCAUCAAAUCCAAUAUAUGUCAUAUAUUGACCUGCAGUUGGUCUACACUUACAUUGCUGCUGCAUCAAUAAAGUAUUUAAAUUGCUUUUGACCGAUUACACUCUUUCACACUUGAUGUCACACAAUUAACAGAAAAGGCUUCUGUGUACCAGUCUGAUCCAAAUCUACCAAUGUUACCCAUUGGUAUCUAGAGCAGUGGUGGUGGUUUCCAUAAUGGAAACGCUGACUCAAUCCAACAUUCAGUCGACCUAGCAGCAAAAAGCAAAGACUUUUUGAUUUCUGUUGAGCCAUCUGAAGUUGUUAAGAAAGAAAAAUACGGUUUAGUAAAUUCUGAGUCAGCAUUGAUUGGGUUAAAAUAAACAAAGUCAUGUUUAGGAUUAAGUUUUCAUACAUAUUAAAUUCUAGUUUACAUGAUUAUUUAAACCAGUAACAUGAGUUCGACAAAUCAAUGAAAAGACAGAGAUAGGGGGUUUGCUAAAAAUAUCAAUACUUAAUUGUAUUAUUCUACACAUGGUAACAGAAUUUCAAUUAAAGCAUCAGUUAGUGACUGUUUUAAAUUUAGUAUGCUGCUAACAGGUGACGAGAAAAAUCUGUUUUCAAUUGAAAAAGGUAGUGGUGAUGUCGGCCUUGUAAGGACUGAUGUCAAAGUGCCAUUAAUCAGUCUGAUCAAUUUGGCAGCUGAUUAAUUAUUCUAUCUUUAUUAUUGAUGGGAUGUAUUGGCUUUUGUAGCCAGCCCCGAGUGGACACUCAUGGAACUGCAGUUUUGUGCCUUUCUGAGUCAGUUUCAUCUUUCACUUUUACUUCCUGAUAUCAUCUGAACGUGUGGAGUUAAGGUGGAAAUGAUAAGUUCACACGGAAAGAAUAAAUAAAUGUUGUUUACAUGUAUAUAUGUGCACAUACUUCAAGCCACCCCUGAAUAAUCUGUACCCUUGUUGGACAAAGUCUGGACCAUCAAGGAAUCUUAUCAGCGAUGUUCAAAUUUCCUCUGAACAUUAUUAACGUUUUUCGUAUGUAGUCUCUGAAACUCUUGUAUUCCCCCUUUCUCUCUUUAAGAGAUGUGUCCAUCACUGGGGUCACGUCUCUGCCGACAACAGGUAUGGACUCUCUUCGGGAGCUGAAGGCACGCAACGCUUGGGCCCUUAAGAAACUGCCUCCCAUCAAAACCUUCAAGCAUCUCACUGUGGCCAACCUCACCUACCCUAGCCACUGCUGUGGCUUCAAAAACCUCAAAAAGAAACGAAGGUGAGUUUUCUUGGUUUAAUUCUGCUUGUUGUACUCAUUAAAAGUGUUUGAGGGUCAUAAAAUCGAGUAGAAGACACAAAAAGAGUGUGUGUGAACGACAGAGGCUAAUAGAAAUCACUUCUGCCACAGUGACCGAGUGGCUGCUCUUUCAUGAGGUGGAUUUUGGCAGAGGUUGGAUUAACUUAAUGACGUGUUCACCUAUAACUCCUUACAGUGCUGCCAUAAUUAGUGUCACUCAUUGCUGUUAUUUCAGGAAAAGGUUGAGCCCGACUUUUAAUGACUCUCCAAAUAGGAAUCUUUAUCCUCGACUGGCUAUGUUGUUUAUUUGAUUUGACUUUUAGAGUUUGAGAGGACUGAAGUAAUGAGUGCUACAGUAUGAUUCCAUAGACUCAAUAUCCUAAGUGUAUCCUUGUGUAUGUUUUCAGCCAUUGGGAGCACUCAAUGUGUAACUUGACUGCUUUCCAAGACCAGCAUCACAAGCGCUCUGUGGGGCCCCUCGGCAUACCGUCCCUCCAAGGAGACAGCAUGGUGGACCCAGUCCCAGACGAUGAGCAAAACAACGCCGGCCACAAAGAGUCCCAACAAGACUGGAGGAGAGGCGACUUCCAUGGCAGCCUCUAUUACCACGCGUACUUCGGGGGCCUGCCAGAUGAGGAUGUGGGUUUUGGAGAGACCCUCAAGAACCCCCAGGAGGACACCAGCCAAGACUUUAACUAUCGAGAUGAUUAUGUGGUGUGUGAGGACGGCGAGGAGGUGGCGUGUGCACCAGUACCCGAUGAGUUCAAUCCUUGUGAGGACAUUAUGGGUUUUGGCUUCCUGCGAGUGUCUGUGUGGUUUGUGAGUCUGCUGGCCGUUCUGGGGAACGUCGUGGUGCUUCUGGUGCUGCUCACAAGCCACUACAAGCUCUCAGUCUCCCGCUUCCUCAUGUGCCACCUGGCCUUCGCAGACCUGUGCAUGGGGAUUUAUCUGUUGCUUAUUGCCUCUGUAGACCUCCACACACGGUCUGAGUACUUCAACCAUGCCAUAGACUGGCAGACAGGCCCUGGCUGUGGACUUGCAGGGUUUUUCACGGUAUUCGCAAGUGAACUCUCAGUCUACACCUUAACAGUGAUCACUCUGGAGAGGUGGUAUGCUAUCACUUUUGCUAUGCGACUGGAUCGUAAGCUUCGUCUGCACCAUGCUGCCGCGGUGAUGCUUGGUGGCUGGAUCUUCUGCCUCCUCCUAGCCUUGCUCCCCUUGGUUGGGGUUAGCAGUUACCAGAGGGUCAGCAUUUGCCUCCCAAUGGACACCCAGUCCACAGCAGCCCAGGUCUACAUCUUAUCAGUGCUGGUCCUCAAUAUCCUGGCUUUUCUGGUUAUCUGUGCGUGUUACAUCAAGAUCUACUGUGCAGUGCACAACCCCCACUACCGAUCUGGAUCCAAGGAUACCAACAUAGCCAAGCGCAUGGCCGUCCUCAUCUUUACAGACUUUCUUUGUAUGGCGCCAAUCUCCUUCUACGCCAUGUCAGCUGUUCUGGACCGGCCACUCAUCACUGUAUCCAACUCUAAGAUUUUAUUGGUGCUUUUCUACCCGCUCAAUUCCUGCGCCAACCCAUUCCUCUACGCCAUCUUCACCAAGGCUUUCAGGGGCGACAUAUUCAUCCUCCUCAGUAAGGUUGGCCUCUGUCAGCAGCGAGCGCAGCUGUUCAGAGGCCAGACAGUGUCCUCAAAGGGCAGCAGUGGGACAUCUCAGAUCCGUAGAGACAAGGAUAGGGCUCGACAAGGUGGGCGAGGAAGCCAGGAAGAAGUACCCAUCCACAUGAAGACAUGCUGUGGACAUACAGUGCUUAACAAAUUUAUUAGACCACCUUCCAAUGUAAGGUUAAUGCCACAGCUGCCCUAA